CGCUCCGGGGUCCUCGCUGCGGGCUGCCCGUGGCGAACGCCGGUGCAGCGUGUGGCGGUGACAUUGAGCGCGCAGCGAUGGCCAAGGCCGCACAGGGGCUCGUGCAGCGGCUGGUGCAGCGCGGGCCGGAGCUGAUCGGGGCCGCCGUGACCUACUCGAAGCCGCGCUUGGCCACCUUCUGGUACUACGCCAAGGUGGAGCUGGCCCCGCCGACCCCCGCCGAGAUCCCCCGUGCCAUCGACAGCAUGAAGGGCCUGGUCAGGGCCUUCCAGAGCGGCCGCCUGGCGCAGCUCACGGUCAAGGACGCACUGAGGAAUGGGCUGGUGGCCACGGAGGUGCUGAUGUGGUUUUACAUCGGGGAGAUCAUUGGCAAGCGCGGCAUCAUCGGCUACAACGUGUGAACACUCACCUGCCAGCAGCGCCACGGUGCUGGGUCCAUAACGGGGUCUGACACAAUAAAACUAGGAGCUCAUAUCAA